GAAAGCUGCACGUCGUCAGUGUCUCUCGUUCGUCUGCUUCACAUCAGCCUGCAGCGUUUGAGAUCCGGCGGACAGACAGCAGCACCAUGGAGGCGCAGUGAGGAGCGCGACCUGCUCCGGGGACCAGAGGGGUGCGUGAGGGUGAGAUGGCGCUGUGCUGCGAGGCCUCGGGAGGAGGAGAACCCUCCGGGAGCGAGGUUCCGGGUUCCGGCUGCCUCCGGUUCGGCGUGCGGUCCUACCUGCACCACUUCUAUGAGGAGAGAGACCCCGAGGACCGGGGGUCCGUCCAGAGGAGGUGGAGGUCGAGCCCGGGGUGGAAAUUAGUAAUCUGGAAGGUGUACCUGGCUCUGGGUCUGCUGAUCCUGACCUCCGGCGUCGCCACCCUGUCCGUCGGUUACUCCACUCCACGUAGGAUCGAAUCCUUCGGAGAGGGCGACAUGUUUUUCGUGGACGCCAACGCCGCCAGCUUCAACAGGGGGCUACACCUCAGCGCCGCGGCGGGCAUCGGGCUCUCGUGCCUCGGAGCGGCCCUCACGGCGGCGACGGGAAUCGUCGUUCUGAUCCUCGCCGGGAAGGGAUCGAAGAGGUGGAAACAGACGGGAUUUAGGGAUGCGGUCGCUAAGCCUGCAGGCAAAGAACAGGGCAAAUUACCCGCAACCCUCUUUGCCGAAGUGGAACCCGUGCAGUCCGCUUCUUAAAUCCCCGCCGAGGCUUUUUGUUCUGAACCCCGGGGUCUCCUCAUUUACCGUCUUGUUUAUUGGUGUCUAAGAUUUUAGCAAGUUUUUUCUCGUCCCGGAUAUUACAGUCACACCAAAACCGUUGCAAAUAUUCGUUUUUACUCGCGCGACCAUUUGUCGUUUUUUGCUUCACUCGUGCGAGGGGCGGGGCUUAUCUCCGUGGCUUUUCUCCGUGGAAACAGUUAUCAUUUCCUUCAUCCACCACGGAAGACCCAACCACUAGUUCAUCUUCAUACUUGUUGAGGACAUCCCACAAACUUUGGAACAUCUAACGCCCUAAUGUUUGGCUUCAUUACAUUAAUAUAAUAUGUAUUUAUUUGGGCUGUCAGCGUUAACGCGUUAAUCUAUGCGAUUAAUUUGGCCGCGUUAACGCACUAAAAUAUUUUAACGCAAUUAACGCACAUUUUUUUAUUCUUAUUUUUUUUUGCUUUUUUUUAAACCGCGGCAGUACGGUUUGACACUGUUUCCGUUUUUAAAACAAUUAUUUCUCCGCGCAAAUAAGGAGCAGAAAUCAGUUUAACUCGUGGAUGAAUCAGUCGGGUUUCCUCCUGCUCCUCCUUCCUCCCGUCUCCCCCUCUGAGACACAGAGGAACGAAGGGGCGACGUGUCGGGUGACGCGGCGCGGAAAGAACUCGUCACACGAAACCUUCAACGUGAUUUGUCAAUCCGUUUGUCUGUCAACAUUUCGGGGAAAAAACAACCAAUGAACACUCAGUAAAUCACAAAGGACCUCCCACCUCACAGGUGAGGCUCAUUUAGCAGCCUGUCAGUCAGAGAACCAGAGAACACGGCGCGAGGACAAUGAGCCUCAUUACAGAGCUGAGAUUGUUCUGGAAUGUUUGAUGUAUAACACGUGGGUAUGUGUCACAUGCAAAAGACUUUGAACGGUGAAUUUAAUUUAUUUUUUAAAAUGUAUAAAAUGCCCCCAGCCUCCAGAGGGUUAACGUGACACAUUUGAAUGUCAGUCAGUUACCAAGGCCACUGGUUCUGCUGUUCAGUGGUAAAGAUGACAGGACCAAUGGGGUCUCAAUAUACUUCUUUUUUUUCACUAAUCUGAUGUUUCACUGAAGAAACAAU